AUCAAAGGCUAUCUAUCUCAUUCUCCAUCUGCAGCUAUUUUGAUUGCUGAUUUUUGCAAAUUGCAAUACUGAAAUUUGUGCAUUUUUUUCUUUGAGAAAGUCUAUACACAAGAGUGGUGACAUUGGAAUUAAUUACUCAGACCAAGAGACAAAAGAUGUUGGGGAUUUUCAAGAAGUUGGUUAAUGCACCCAAGGAGCUGAACAGUCCAGCUUCUUUCUCUUCAUACAAUAAGCCUAAGCUAACUCAUGAAAUCCUUAGAGAUUUCAUGUCCUGCAAUUCCUCCAAUGCUUUCUCCAUGAGCUUUGGAAAUGAUGCUUUAUUAGCAUAUGCCCCUUCUAACAAGCCCUCCAUUCACCAAAGGUUGUUUAGUGGUUUGGAUAACAUAUACUGUGUUUUCGUGGGUUCCUUGCACAACCUUAGCAAUCUCAACAAGCAGUAUGGGCUAUCAAAGGGAACCAAUGAGGCACUGUUCAUCAUUGAAGCCUAUAGGACACUUCGGGAUAGGGGUCCAUACCCAGCUGAUCAGGUCCUCAAAGAACUUGAAGGCAGUUUUGGAUUCGUGAUCUAUGACAACAAAGAUGGAACAGUUUUUGUUGCAUCUGGUUCUAAUGGCAAGAUUGGGCUCUUCUGGGGUAUUGCAGCUGAUGGUUCAGUAGUUAUUUCUGAGAACCUGGAGCUUAUAAAAGCAAGUUGUGCUAAAUCGUUUGCACCUUUCCCAACAGGGUGUAUGUUUCAUAGUGAGCAUGGUCUAAUGAGCUUUGAGCAUCCAACGAGGAAGAUGAAAGCAAUGCCUCGGAUUGACAGUGAAGGGGUUAUGUGUGGGGCCAACUUCAAUGUCGAUUCUCAGUCAAGAAUCCCAAUGAUGCCACGUGUUGGAAGCGAAGCUAAUUGGGCUACUUGGGGCUAGCUACCAAGCUUUUACUAAUUUAAUCAUAACCUUUUAAGUGUUUUUUUUUAUGCUAAGAGCAACUUAAUAUGAUUGGGGGGUACUUCUUUGCUUGUAGAGUUGUAGUUGUAGCCCUUUUGGUAUAUCUGGUUAUUCUUGUUUGGUUCCAUUGUUCUGUACAUAUUCAUG